CUCUAGUGGUGGGUAAGUAGGUGGGUGAAGUUGGCGGAAAGGGGGAAGGUUGGACGUGAAGAGAAGAAAGAGAUCAGGCCAUCUCUCAUGGGUACUUCAGCUGCGGUUCCUGCAUUGGAGAAGGUUGGGCUAGAUGACCUUUGGGAUCCCUCCCAACUCUACAGUUCUGUGAUUUGGUAGUGGGAGAUCGCGGGUUAUUCUUGGUGGCUCUGCCCUAGCUUGAUGUUCACGGUUGGUUGGAUGCAUAGUAAAUGUGUUUGGUGUUUUUUUGAACUGAACACUUUAUAAAUUUGCCGCUGGGCUGGGUUGCAUACUGAACCUUCAGACUUCCUGCCUGCAGAGAAGCAGAAUGGCAUUCAGGUGAGGCCUGCAGGAGAAGGAAUGUGCCUCUUGCCCUUCCCUGAGGCCAGAUGAACCUUGUAUCGAUGGCAGCUGUGGUGGCAGUGGCAGAGCCGGAGCUGAAAUGGGUGUCCCUGUGGCUCCGUGUCCGCUGGGUGGCGGUGCUGGUGGUCCUGCUGGCUGCACUCCUCAUGUUGCUGCUCCCGUUGGCGUCUGUGGAAGAACAGUGCCAUGUCUUUUACAAGAGCUUGUCCUUGCUGAAGAGCAAGCUGGGAUUGGGCUACACAGGGAUCACCACGUACACAGGGCAGACGACAGGCCUCAGCGUGACAUCGGGUGGAUUGCAGCUGCUGGUGUUGAAGCCCAAAGCCUCCCAAGAGGUCAGAUUAGAAGCCAGAGCAGCCCUGAACCAGGCCCUGGAGAUGAAGAGGCAAGGUAAACGGGAGAAAGCCCACAAGCUUUUCUUGCACGCUCUCAAGAUGGACCCCGAUUACGUUGAUGCCUUGACCGAGUUUGGCCUCUUCUCUGAAGAAGAGAAGGACAUAAUUCAGGCUGACUACUUGUAUUCCAAAGCCUUGACCAUCUCUCCCCGUAAUGAGAAGGCUCUGAUCAGUCGUGACCGGACGUUGCCCCUCGUUGAAGAGAUUGACCAGAGGUACUUCAGCAUCAUUGACAGCAAAGUCCAAAAGGUCAUGUCCAUCCCGAAAGGCAGCUCCGCUCUCCGCAGGGUGAUGGAAGAGUCUUACUACCACCACAUCUACCACACGGUGGCCAUCGAAGGGAACACCUUGACGCUUUCUGAAAUACGGCACAUCAUUGAGACGCGGUACGCUGUUCCCGGCAAGAGCCUGGUGGAGCAGAACGAGGUCAUCGGCAUGCAUGCAGCCAUGAAGUACGUCAACACCACGCUGGUGUCCAGAAUUGGGUCCGUGACCCUCACGGACAUCUUGGAGAUUCACAGGCGAGUGCUUGGCUACGUGGACCCAGUAGAGGCUGGGAGGUUUCGGACUACCCAGGUCUUCGUAGGGCACCACAUCCCUCCGCACCCUUGCGAUGUCGAAAAGCAAGUGCUCGAGUUUGUACAGUGGAUCAACUCCGAAGACGCCAUGAGCCUGCACCCGGUUGAAUUUGCCGCCUUGGCCCAUUACAAGCUGGUCUACAUCCACCCCUUCGUGGACGGCAACGGCAGGACUUCACGCCUCUUGAUGAACCUCAUCCUCAUGCAGGCGGGCUACCCGCCCAUCACCAUCCGCAAGGAACAGCGGGCAGAGUACUACCACGUCUUGGAAGUGGCCAACGAAGGCGACGUCAGGCCCUUCAUCCGUUUCAUUGCCAAAUGCACCGAGACCACUUUGGACAUGCUGCUCAUAGCCACAACUGAGUAUUCCGUUGGGUUGCCCGAAGCACAUGGCAGCACCACGGAUUGCAAGCAGACCAUCCCCGUCAAAACCCGAACAUGAAUGCCAGUGUAGGGGUCGGAACCUGCUUGGCUUUAUCGAACACAUGACUACUGGCACUUUCUUUUAAGCAUUUCAUUUAUUUAAAUACGUUUUAAGUUAAAUCUGGGGGGGGGGAGAGACAAAGGAUAUUUCAAUAUUUAUUAUUCCUAAAGUAUAUAUAUUUUUCAGUUUCACUGGCUUUAUUAUGGAGAGGGGAGCAGGGCAGUGCCCUGAGGUGGAUUCAGCCAAGGACAUCUUUGCAAAUGGUCAUUGACAUCACUGUGUUUAGGGGAAACUGUUCUGCAAUGGACUUCUCAGCCAGCGCUCAUUGGACAAGAAAAGCCUGUGGUUUGUUUGCCUAGGACAUUCUGGCUGAGGAGUCCCUUCCAGCAAAGCAGUUCAGUUUGGCUUGAAGGCAUGGUGGUGCCCUAAUUCAGUGGGGGAGUGGGGGCUGUAUUUGACUGAAUCAACCCCAGGCUGUAUUUCAGAUCAGGGAGUGGCUAACCAGUGGUCUCCAGGUGUUGUUAGACUCCAGCUCCCAUCAGGCUCCAGCCAGGACAUCCCAUGGCCAGGAACGAUGGGAGCUGUAGCUGACCCACAGUUGCAGAGCCACAGGUUAGCUACCUCUGCUUUGGAACGCAUAUUGCUUUACCCCCAUUUUUGUGUGUGUCAGUUUGUAUUCCAAACCUGAAACCCAACAUAUUUCCCUUUUACCCGGUAACUGUGGGGCCUAGGUUGUUCCUUCCUCAUAACACAUGCUUGCCUAUUUACCCACCCACCCCCUUCAAAAAUAGCGGGGGGGGGGGGAUACAACACUCCUGUGAGACAUUUCGAUUGGUGCACCAAAAGGAUACCACAAGUAAUUCUGUUGGUGCUGGAGCCUGUUUGGAAAACACAACUUGAUGAUGCAGCAGGGGAAACUUGGGAUAUGUGGGGGGAUAAGGAAGGUUUGCUGUUCAAAAGUUGGACACCCUGUGUACAUACAUGUACAUGUAUGUAAGGGCCCUGGUUUGGUACUGUUCACUUGUACAGUUGAUUUCAUGGCCCGGCAUAUAUCCACUAUUUUUUUUUUAAAAAAAGGUAUCUAAAGAAAAUUUGAACAGAUAACAGAUCCGUUAUCACCCCUUUUUGAUAGCACUUUACAAAUUCACUUGACUUGCCAAUAAAGUAAUAAAGUAAUGGUGCUAAGCAUGGCACCCGAUCUGCGAAAGACACAUUUGUACAUGAGUGAUAUUGCUAAUAUCCAGCACUUAAACAUGCAUGCAGUAUUAGUGGCAGAAGAGUGGAGUCUGAAAGCGCUUGCCCUUUUUUUCCCAUCUCUCACCUCAUUCUCUGCUCCUCUACUGUCCUAGUCUUCUGACUGAAAAACACGAUCAUACAAAGCACUACAAAAUAAAUGUAUUAGAAUUGAACGGAUCAAAUUUAAGAAAUCAAGUACACCGAGGUGCCAGAGGGAGGAUAACAUACAGGGGUUAUCUGUGCCUUUAAAGCACUGUCUAGAUGAGAACAUGCUGAUCAAAUGGGAUGUAGCAAGAGAAGCUCUUGUCUUUACAGCAGCCUUUACCAGCCUGAGGUCUGCCAGAUGUUUUAGGCUGCAACUGAUUUAUGGUUAUGAUUGUAGGCAGCUUUAAUUCCAGAACUCUUAAAUGCAAUAAGGUUGAUAAAAAAACUUUUAAUAACAAAUAUCAACUAUACUAUGCUUGUAUAGGCUUGCUGAAACCUUAGUUUCCAGCAGACACAACUUCUGGCUGGCUGGGGCUGAUGGAAGUUUGUAGUGCAGAACAUCUGGAGGGCCCUACAUUGGUAAGGGAUGCUAUAUAGCAUUGUGAAUUAAACAUUCUCUGAUGCACAACUACCCAGUAUUUUUGAAUAGUACUGGAGUGCUAUGCACUAUGGGCAAAGAUGGGCAGAAGGAUGAGAUCAUCUGGUAGAGCUCUGGCUGAUUGGCAGAUGGGCAAGGUAAGAGAGACAAUUGUCUCCCAGUAAUAGAGACAAUUCUUUUCCAUCCUUGGAAAAGACCCUGAUGUUGGGAAAGAUUGAGGGCACUAGGAGAAGGGGAUGUCAGAGGACAAGAUGGUUGGACAGUGUUCUCGAAGCUACCAACAUGAGUUUGACCAAACUGCGGGAGGCAGUGCAAGACAGGAGUGCCUGGCGUGCUCUGGUCCAUGGGGUCACGAAGAGUCGGACACGACUAAACGACUAAACAACAAUAGAGACAAUAGUUUUUGCACCAAAAUACGGCUUCUGAAAUUAAGAAAACAGUGAAGUUCAGUUCUAGUAUACUAAAAACUAAUUAUUUCAAAAUGUGCUCAGUUGCAUUGUUCUAACUACAGGUAGGUAGGCGUG